UCAAAGAUGGCGGUCGCUGUGUCUAUGUUUCGCUGGUUGGAUCUCUUAGAGAAAGAAUUUGACAAAACAUUUGUCGAUUUAGACAUCUUGUUGGGAGAAAUCGACCCUGAUCAGAGCGAAAUAACAUAUGAUGGGCGACAAAAAAUGACUCAGCUGUCUUCUACCUUCGCUCAGCUUGUUCACAAAGCGCAGACAAUUUUUCAAGGAAAUGCAAAAUUGGAGGCUGAACUAGUUGCCCUUAGGCAUGACUUAGUUGAGGAGAAAGCUGCGAAACAAGUGUUGGAGAAAGAAGUUAAUAAUCUGCUACUACAACUACAUGCUGUUCAACUUCAGCUACAUUCCAAUGCUGGAAUGCCCUUAGACUCUGAAAACAUCAAGAACAAACUAGAAAAUGAAAUGACUAGGUACAAAAACAAUGCAAUGAAAGAAGCACGCAUGGAUUGCCAAGUAAAACAGCUGGAAAAAGAAAACACAGCCCUGAGGAACCAUGUGUUUUCACUUCAAGGAGAGGUGUAUGGGGCACGACUGGCUGCCAAGUAUCUUGAUAAGGAACUAGCUGGAAGAAUACAGCAAAUCCAACUGCUUGGCCGUGACAUGAGAGGCAGUGAACAUGACCAGCUGUGGAAUCAAAUAGAGGCUGAAAUACACUUACACCGACACAAAACCGUGAUCAGAGCCUGCCGAGGCCGCAAGGACCCCAACAAUAAGACACCAGCACCACCACCACCCCCACCAGCCCAGGCUGAAGCCACUGUCGGUGAAGAAGAGGACGCUGAGAGUAAAGCUAGGAAGAGGAGAGGAAUAGGAGAACCCAGAACUGUAGUCAUCCACAAAGAUAAAACAGAGGGGCUAGGAAUAUCCAUCACAGGUGGAAAGGAACAUGGUGUACCAAUCAUUGUAUCCGAGAUCCACGAGGGUUUACCCGUAGGUAGAUCAGGUGGUUUAUAUGUGGGUGAUGCCAUACUUGCAGUAAAUGGAAUUGAUCUACAAGAAGCCAAACACAGUGAAGCUGUUAAAGUCUUAUCGAAUGUACAUGGUGAGAUAACACUGGAAGUUUUGUAUGUUGCUCCUGAUGACUCCAGUGAUGAUGAGGACACAUGGGAGGAGGAUGAAGGACAGAGGUAUAGCAUGUUGGGCAGAGUAGAGGACCCAGCGAGUGAACUGUCUAAUGGUGAUGUGUACAUGACAAACUCAAAAAGAGAUUCCACCAGAAAUCAGGCCUCAUCGCAAAAUGAUGAUCAACGGAGUCCUCCAUCAUCACCCCGUGCAGCACCGUACCUUCACACCCACCCUGGGGUAGCUCAACCUGUCAGCGUUUCUCCUGAAUCAGCGAAAAAGUACCGCAACCCGGCGACGAUACCAGAAACAUUUUCAACAACAGUGGACAGCCGGGGAAGUCACUCGGACUUGUCUUCAAGAUCGAACUCACAGUCCUCGCUGUCUCUAGCUUCCACACUCUCUCCGCACCAAUCCGGAGGGAUGAAUGUCGGCAGAUUAGAACCUUUGAUACAAGCACCUUCUGACGGGGUUGAUACAAGUUCAGAAUUGUUUUCGGCAACGACGUAACAGAGGAAGUGUAUAGGGUUAUUAUGAAUACCAGGGGCUUCAUUCUUUCGCAGUCAGGCUUCCUUCGGGUUGUCACGUAAUCUGUUUGUCACGCAAUCUCUCUACUUAAGAUUGCGUGACAAACGGUUUUUCUCCCAAGGUUGCGUAACGUGCUUGAAGAGCGUCUGCGUAAGAGGGCGGGGGUAGAUCUAAUCAACGAAUCAGCUCCCAGAAACACAUAGAUGAGCAAAUUAUUUAUUGUAGAUUAGGUUUCCUUAAUGUUGCAACAAUAUAUAAUUGGGUUAGUUCUAGUGUUAAUAAAAUCGUUUUAAUGUUGCGUUGUCCUCUUACAGAUUGAGUAAGUAUGGAAGGACACUAUCAGGACGAUGCAGCAGUUUUGGUCAAAGUGGUGCUAAAGCAAUGACAAAGUACCUUUACAUCACGAACGCCAGUUCGAGAUGCAAAGGAAGUGAAUUGUUGAAGGUCGGAGCAAAAUUGUAUCUAUUCUUAAAUUGUGAUUUUUUCAAAACAAAAACACAGAAUUUGAUAGUCUACCAGACUUUUGCGAUUUUAGAUCAACACGUGAAGCUUGCGUAACUGCUGGUAAAACCACUUUAACAGCUUCAAUGGGUUAGGUUAGUAACUUUAAGCAAAACUAUACCAUUAUUUUUAGGUUUCCAUCGUUGUAAAUAAGAUUAUUGUUUUUCAGCACUUUGAAUUUGUGCUCAUCAUGGUGUCCCCGUAAUAUUAGGGAGCUUAAGCUAACCACGACGACAACGGACACGAGAACGCUGUGCACGUGAGUUAUAAAUCUGGAUAUUUCGUGACGGUCCUCUCCAUCAAACAACAACGUGAAAUGACCAAAUUCUGCGUAGUGCUGGCUAGACGGUGGCUAAUUUUGGAAUGGAAUGGAACGCUGUCAUUACAUAUUUAGUCUGAGCACGUUUUUAGAGCCAUAGGCGCAGUCAGCAGAUGUAGACAAUUGUGAAAUUCGUAGGUAAAAUAUUAAUUUAUUUUUACUGGGCACCGUCGUUGUGGUCGUCGUCGUCAUUGCUUAAGCUCCCUUUUGAAGAUCGCAAAGUACGUCAUAAGAAUGAGAUAAUAUAAGGGCUGCUCUGAUUGGCUAGCCGGCUUAAUUUAUUUGCCUGAGACUCGAUGUUAUGUUAUGUUUCGUGUCAUAAAUUAAAAACAGAAGAAGAAUUUUCUUAUGAGGAUACAAACUUACACGUGCCUGAAAGCUCAUUCUAGUGUUAGAUGGCGCUGUGAAAGUCUUCCGUUCCGCUGUUGAGAGAGUAAACCGUUAGCCAAGGCGAGAAAUAUUGAUUGAAUAGACAAUUACCUUGCUGAGCACUCCUGACGGCACAUUUGCAGUGAAAGUCAAGGUAAAGUUUAUAAAACGUACAAUUAACGUUGGUGUCAAAUGUAUUAAGACAAAAAUUAGUUUUUCGGGAUAAAGUACUAUCGGUGAUGUUGUCGAAAUUACGUCACUUCUGUUCAUUGAGCGAGGUUUGGUACGUUUCACAUUUUCAAUUUGAAAUUUGUAAAACUCGAAAAAUGCUUUAUAGUGCAUAUGGUGGUAAAGACAUUUAAUAGUUUCGCAUAACAAUGAUGUUUAAACCAAAGAAAUCCUUAAUAUACACCAGAAUUAGUUAAUUUUCAACCGUUGUUCGAGGGACUUUGAUAGUAUGUAACAAAUUAAACAAUAAACCAAUGUCAAUGAA